CCAGCGCGGCGCCGGGGCUUAGUGCGGAGCUGGAGAGUUGCGCUGAGUUUGCACUGAGCCUGCUGCCUCUCUCUCUCUCUCUCUCUCUCUCUGUGUGUGUGUCUCUCCCCCUUGUUCAUGGAUCUGAACAGAGCAAGAGCAGCAGCAGCACAGAGCUCCUCCAACCUGACCCCCACCUCCUCUCUUCUGGGCGUCUAAUGGACUGAAAGGGGGGGGAAGCUAAUCCCCCCCUUCCCCACCCUCCCCUCCCCAUAAACCCCCCUACCUGCCCCCAGCCCCUCUCCUUCUCUUUUCUGCCCCCCCACCCCCUCCUUCCCUUUCUUUCUGUCUCUCCAUCCGCUAAAGUUGCGCUGCUGUAGUGUCCCGGCUCCCUCAGCUCCGGCGGUGACCCCCCCCCACCCUAAGCCCCAUCACCCAACACGGAACCAGGGGCUGAAGGAUGGAGAGCCGGCAGCAUCGCCGCUUGCAGCUCACCGUCUGCCCGAGGAGCAGCAAAGGACGCCGCCGGAGACGGGAUUUGUUCUGGUGGCAGGUCUGCUGGCUCGGCGGCUUACUGCUGGCGCUGCUGUGUAUCUCCAGCGUGGGAGAGAAAGCAGGCUAUUUUGUGAUGAGUUAUGCUUCGGAGGUGGAGGACAAGCGGAUCGGUCGGAGGCUGAUGGAACACAGCGAUGGGAAUGCCACGGAUGCCAGGACAACAUCACAUCAGUACAAGAACUGCACUGAGCCUGCUCUUCGUGAAUUCCCCAAUGACAUCUUUACAAACGAGGAAAGAAAACAUGGGGCUAUUGCUCUCCAUCUGCUCUGUACCAUGUACAUGUUCUAUGCUCUGGCAAUUGUCUGCGAUGACUACUUUGUCCCUUCAUUAGACAAAAUCUGUGAGCGCCUGCACCUCAGUGAAGAUGUGGCCGGAGCUACGUUCAUGGCAGCUGGAAGCUCAGCCCCUGAGCUCUUCACCUCCAUCAUAGGAGUGUUCAUCACAAAGGGGGAUGUCGGGGUCGGAACCAUCGUGGGCUCUGCAGUGUUCAACAUUCUCUGCAUUAUUGGAGUGUGUGGGCUUUUCUCAGGAUUGGUUGUGCCAUUGACAUGGUGGUCAUUGAUCAGAGAUUCCACUUACUACACCCUAUCAGUGAUGGCCCUCAUUUUGAUUAUCUAUGAUGAGAAAGUAUCUUGGUGGGAAUCUCUGGUGUUGAUAUCAAUGUAUGCCAUCUACAUUGUGAUCAUGAAGUUUAACAACGUGAUGCAGAUUUACUUUGAAAAUAAAUGGAAGAAGACUUCGGUGAACAUGGCCAAUGGGAAUGCGAAUAAUACUGAAAUGGAUGACAACAGCAACUGUGAUGCAACUGUAGUUUUACUGAAGAAAGCCAACUUCUGCCGCAACUCCUCAGUGCUUAUGGUGGACGAGCUGCUUUCAGCGUAUCCACACCAGCUCUCUUUCUCCGAGGCCAGUUUAAGGAUCAUGAUAACCAGUCACUUUGGACCCAAAACCAGGCUCAGCAUGGCUAGUCGCAUGCUCAUCAAUGAGAGGCAAAGGCUAAUUAGCAGCAAGACUGUCUCCAACGGUGAGCCUGAAGUUUCCAUUAAAAUACCUUCGAAACACAACAUCGAGAAUGGAACAGGGCCGAGCAACUCCACUGAGAGGACUGUCAACGGGCAGAGGAGGGAAGAGGACCGAACUGAGGCCAGCAAUGAAAGGGAGAAUGAAAACGAGAAUGAUGACGAUCAGAACAAUGAGAAUGAUGAAGAGGAGGAGGAGGAGGAGGAGGACGAAAGCGAGGGCCCGUAUGUACCAUUCCACUUGCCAGUGGGAAUGUGGGAUGUGGUAAAGUGGGCGAUUGCAUGGCCGCUGUGCUUCCUGAUGUACUUCACGAUUCCAAACUGUGCCAAGCCUCGUUGGGAGAAAUACUUCAUGUUCACGUUUGUCUCGGCCACCUUGUGGAUUGCAGUUUUCUCGUACAUGAUGGUGUGGAUGGUCACAAUAAUUGGGUACACACUUGGAAUUCCGGAUGUUAUAAUGGGAAUCACCUUCCUGGCAGCUGGGACAAGCGUACCGGAUUGCAUGGCCAGCCUUAUAGUUGCUCGGCAAGGCAUGGGAGACAUGGCAGUGUCUAAUUCUAUAGGAAGCAAUGUCUUUGACAUCUUGAUGGGACUUGGUCUACCCUGGACUAUAAAAACAAUUGCGGUGAAUUACGGCUCAUAUUUAGCAUUGAACAGCCGGGGCCUUGUCUAUUCGGUGGGAUUGCUGCUGGCUUCUGUUUUCGUAACAGUGGUUGGUGUUCAUUUGAACAAAUGGAAACUAGACAAGAAGCUCGGGUGUAUGUCCCUGUUCCUGUAUGCCAUUUUUCUGUGCUUCUCUAUCAUGACGGAGUUCAAUGUUUUUACCUUUGUGAACCUCCCCAUGUGUCGGGAGCACUGAUGUUCAAUGAAGAUAACCUGGGAGUAAGCACCUUGGUAUCAGUGCAAUACAACAAAAAAAACAAUACAAAGAGCUGAAGGCCCAUGGCUUGUUGUUGGCUGCAUGGAGCCGCUCUCACUGACAGCUUGAGACACGACAUAUUUUUGAGAGAAAAAAAAACACACCUGUAUUGAUGUGAAACGUAUUUUUAAUGUAUUUAUGUGGAGUCAUACACACACACACACACACACACACACACACACACACACACAGUUCUGUCUGAUUUCGUUGGCUGCUAAUCAACGUAAGGCUGGAUGAUGUUCCUGCCACGUUUGUAUAUCCUCAGUUGUAACAGAAAAAAGAUAUUUUGCCCUGAGAUGGUUGAGUGGGACUGAAACAGACUUAGUGGUAAAUUGCUUUUGAAGCGAGUAAGGUGUACCAGGAAGCGAGGAAUCAUAGUGCCCUGUGAUUUUUACCUCUUACUUUCUUUUCCUCCACAUCCCCAAUCUCCAUUUUCCCACUUCGCCCUUUCCACAGAGAGCUUGAAUACCAAGAAUGUACAUAUCAACGAGAGUCACCUUAUCUUUCUGCUCACCAGCUAUUCCUACUGCUAAAACUAAGGUGGAAUUUAAGCUCUGAGCCAUGGCCUUCAUGCAGAGUCUGAGAUGUAAAAUUUGAAAUCUCAACACUCACUGCAGUUUGUACCCAGAUACUACUCCCUCCUGACGAGACUGAUUUUUCCGGGAGGUAUAUUUGCACGAAACUAUUUUAUUUUGUAGUUGGAACAGUUGCAUAGUCAAUGGUACAUGUGUGUAUAUUGAUGGUAUAAAAAUGUAUAUAUUGGGAACUUUUUUUCUUUUCAACACUGUAGAGUAUAUAAGAUAUUAUAAUUAUUAUCACAGUUUUACCCUGCUGCACGGUUUUAGAUUUGGAAAUAUUGAUUAAGGUACAAAUGGUGCAGCUGAAGAAGCAAAGAUGCUCUAGUUUUUGUCUGUACAGGUAGUUUUAAGAAUAAAGCAUGUUUAAUUUAUAUAUUUAUAAAACAGCACAGGAGGCAACUUUGCAGUUUCACAGCACAUUUUUACAGGGAUAUUUGACAGCUCUGUGCACACCUGCAUGCUCGACCUCCCCCCCACCCCCACUCACCCCCUCCCCAGCCCGGCCUCAGUGUACUGUCUUCUUCUGCUUAUUUUCCACUUCUUACACAGAGAAGAUUGACCAUGAUGAAGAAGACUGUUGUGUUUGACUAUUGCUGUAGUUAAUAAAUUUGUAGAUGAAUUUGCUACAAAAUGGCUCCACCAAACUGAUUGUAGUUAGUUGUCUCGAUUUAAAUGUAACUGGUUCCUUUGUUUUUAAGAUGAUUAUCAAAUCCCCAAGUUAUGAUCUGAAAGGGGGUGAAUUGUUGUAUAUUGUAUCUCUCCUCACCGAAGUUUACAAGCCAAUACCUAUUGCUACAGAACAGUGUUAAGUCAUAUUUUCAUUAAGAACGUGACUUUCUUUUUGCUCUGGAGACACAAUGCAUCGGAACUUAAUGCACUUCAGACUUUUCGUAGCCAUUAGGUUUCAGAGAUUGUCAUGAGUAAUGUAUAUGGAUUUACUCACCAGCUACAUGGGCUGUGCUGUCAUUAUUACUCAGUCCUAUUCUCCUUGUGCUGGGAUUUCAGUAAAUACCUUUACAGCAGCCUUGUGUUUUCAUGUCUUUCCUUCGCACUCUGUCAUCAGUUCUCAGAUCAGAAUUUGAAGAACAAGUUGAUUUUUUUAAAGCAAUUCUUGACCCUUCCCGCACCUCCCCAUAGCCCCACCAUCCCUCCUAUGCAACCUGCUCCCAACAUAGGAUCUCUGUGCAAAAGGAAAGCUUAAAAUGAAACUGUAUGGCUGGCUUGCCAGGAAAUUAAAACGAUCAAUCUAUUGAACGUGUGGAAUUGGUAUGUAAAAUUAAUGGCAGAAUAUACCAUGCAUUCAAUUUGUACAAUUAUCUACAUCCAUCAACAGUAGUCAUCAACUAAUUGCUGCAAUAAUUUGUUUUCCAGUUCCAUAGAGCUUUACUGGUCUUGAGAAUAGCAUCUGCUGCUUUACGUAUGUGUGUCAACUUUAGUCAGUGAACUGCAACCAGAAUUUCACCCCUGAAUUUUUGGCCAAAGUAAAUAUUUAGUGGCUGUCUUUUGCAAAAUAAAUCAACACAGUGUGAUCGCCUCUUGAAUUGUGAUGUAAUCUGUUUGGACAGUGCCUGUGGUGUGUAAACAGCAACAGUUUUUUUGCUUUGAGGCUGUUCCAAGCUGCUCGGCAUUACCCAGCCACAUAGUGUUGAGUCGACCAAAGUUUCAGUUCGAUUGGGAGCGUCGUUUACUCCGGUGAUCUCAUUGUGUGACUAGGGCAUGAAUGAAAUGUGGAGCUGUUGGUUAUGGUACCGUAUUCAAACAGUAAUGGCACAAGACUAAUUUGGUACUGUCGGGGAAAUGACGCAGCUCUAUUUGUAGCUGAAGACCACUACAAGCCUGAAAUAACUCCACGGAGGCUGGUAUCCUGUCACCAGGUCGUCUUUUAUUCAAACAUGCACAGUACGUGGACUCUGACCAGCUAGCUCAGCCCCAGUCCCAAGAGUGAGGAGAAACCGUGAGGCUCCUGUUUAUAUCUGUUGGCCAGGGCUCCCUCAUUGGCCCCAGUUAACAGCCCCAAUCAGGUUGGUUCUGCAGUUGAGAGGGUUGGCUUACGAGGAGAGAUUGUCUAGACUGGGACUGCACCCAUUGGAAUUUAGAAGAAACAAGGUGGGAUCUUAUAGAAACAUGCAAAAUUAUAAAGGGAAUAGAUAAGAUAGAAGCAGGGAGGCUUGUUUCCACCGGUCGGUGAAACUAGAUCUAGGAGGCAUAACCUCAAAAUAAGGGGGACCAGAUUUAGGACUGAGUUGAGGAGGAAUUUCUUCACCCAAAGGGUUGUAAAUCUGUGGAAUUCCCUGCCUGGUGAAGCAGUUGAGGCUUCCUCAUUGAACGUUUUUAAGGCAAAUAUAGAUAGACUUUUGAACAGUUAAAGUGAUUAAAGGUUAUGGUGAGUGGGUGGGUAAGUGGAGCUGAGUCUGUGAAAAAAAUCAGCCAUGAUCUUAUUGAAUGGGGGAGCAGGUUCGAUGGGACAGAUGGCCUACUCCUGCUCCUGGUUCUCAUGUUUUUAUGUUCUAACUUAUACUCAGUGAGAUCCACCUGGCCAGCCUCGUUCCAAUCACUACAAAAUCAAAGUUACAAAAAACUUUUAAAAAAGAAAUUCAGUCUAUGCCAUAAAACAUGCUAUUAGCAUUUUCAGAGAUAAUGGGAACUGCAGAUGCUGGAGAAUCCAAGAUAAC